CUGAGAGCAUCACAACACUAUAACAUACUUACAGGGAAUAAUGUCUCGAUAUCUAUUUUUCCACCUAUUUUCAACCUCAUUAGCAAAUUCACAAAGUUAUAUCUAUUUGGCCCUGUUUUAAGGCGCAUUAAAUUGGAGUCUGCUUGGUUUGCUCCGUUGUCUCCUGUUCCAGUUCGUCAACCCGGUUUGGCAUGGAAUGGUGUGUAUCGUCGGACUCCAAUCUUGAUCUUCUCUCCAACAGCUAUGGUGUGCAAAGAUAGUGGUGUGAAAAUGCUAGCAGCCAAGUUUAAUCUAUCUUUUAAGCUAAACAGAGCAGACUGUCGGCUUCUUCGGACCAUGAUGCAGAGUCAUGGUUUCGCUGAAGUAGAUAGUCUUUCCUCUGAAUUUAAUUUAAUGUGGUCAAAUAGCCACAUCAAACCCGCAGAACUGAGAGCCAUGUACGAUUUUCAAAGGGUUAACCACUUUCCGCGGUCGUACGAGCUCACAAGGAAGGAUAAGCUCGCUCAGAACAUCAAAAAAAUGCAAUGUCUAAAAGGACUGAGUAAUUUUGAUAUAAUUCCGAAGACGUUUGUUUUACCAUCUGAUCAAAAUGAGUUGAGAUCGAGCUAUUUAAAGGGCCAAGGACCGUACAUAGUUAAACCCAUUGCGUCCUCUAGGGGUAGGGGUAUCCACAUCAUUUGCAAUCCUGAUGCGAUUAAUGGCAUGGAUCAAGUUAUUGUCUCUAAGUAUGUGGCAAACCCACUCUUAGUUGACGGUUUCAAAUUUGAUUUGCGAUUGUACGUUGCAGUCACGUCGUAUUCGCCCCUUGCAAUAUAUGUAUACGAAGAAGGGUUAGUACGCUUUGCAACAGUGCGUUACCAGAAGGGCUCUAAACACUACAAAAAUUUGUGCAUGCAUCUGACGAACUACAGUGUCAACAAGAAAAACCGUUACUUCGUCCAUAAUGAUGAUGCAGACAUCGAAGACUUCGGAAAUAAAUGGUCGCUCGGUGCAUUGUUGAGGUAUUUGAGGGGCGAAGGGAAGGAUACAGCCGCAUUGAUGCUUCGUAUAGAAGACAUCAUAAUCAAAGCUUUCAUUGCGGUCGAGGAUCCAAUUAACCAAGCCUGUCGCCUCUUUAUGAGCUCAAAGUCCAAUUGCUUCGAGCUGUAUGGAUUUGAUAUAAUCGUUGACGACACUUUUCGACCGUGGUUAUUAGAGGUCAACCUAUCACCAUCAUUGGCUUGCGAUACACCUCUUGAUUUCAAAGUAAAAUCAAACAUGCUUUCAGAUUUAUUAAACUUGGCUGGAAUAAUAUGCUGCGAUCCAACAAAGCGAUGCAAAAAGGGGACUUGUGGAACUUCCAUGUUCACUUCACCCAAGCAUCCCACUUACUUCGUGGCCGCUCAAAAGUACACUAAUGAGGAAAAUCAAACCCUCCCUUCGAUAGGUAAGCUUAAUUACCUCAUUUUAGAACCGGAUACAUCUCUUCCAAUGCAUAAGAUUCAGUCCAAAAUCUCAGCUUCCUCGGAAGAGAUGACAUUAGAAGAGCAACAACUUGUGCGCCGUUUUCAGGAAGAAACAGCACGCUGUGGAGGGUGGCUCCGAAUCUUCCCUUGUAGAGAGACGUGGACUCAGUACGCUAGUCUUCUCUACGGCAAUAGCCAAGCAGAAAUAAUUGACAUUUCCCUGCCACGAUGGCGUUUCUCCAUGGCCCCAGCUUCAACUCGCACUCCCAUUGCCAUAACCAGUGGUACAAUACAGAGGACUGGCCGUCAAAUCGACGAGGCCUUCCUCGUUCAUGCUUCUGCCACAAUGGCCGUUUCGGCCAUGCAAAGGGCCAGUUCACUCAGGCUUGAGACAAUGACUAAGACCGUUGACGGAGAAGUCACCUUAAUUCAUCCAAAUCUCAUGACCCCCAAGGUUAACAUUGGAAUGUUUACAGGCUUACCAAUUCCAGGGAAGGGUUUACCCUCACCUUCAGAUGAAGAUGAGAACAGUGACGAAAAGCUUCUGGUUCACAUGCCGCCACUACAUGCCGAUGACUCAGAUGCCCUAAUACCAAUUCACAGCCUAACUACAAGUGUUCUCUCUGAGUACCUGAUGAUUGGUCUUGGAUUCAAUCUUCAAGCCCCAAGCACUAAAAAAGAACAGGCAAAUCGUGUAACCGCAUGUUAUUGCCAGGCUCUGGGGCGACUUCCAUUUUACCACAGGAAGAUCGGGACCCUGCCUGUGUGCAUACGGGGUGUUUGUCUGUUAGCGGGAUGUAGUCACCAAUCCGGGGGACCACGUCUUUGUGGAAUGUGCGGCAACGAGGACACCGCUAGUCCAUAUGACUCUUAUCAUGCCGCCUCAACAUUUGUAAACCUUCUCGAUGCAGAACACGUGGGUCAGCUUUACAAACAACCAAAGAAUGAAGUUCCCAUUAAACCAAUGACUCAGUAUCAAGCACGAAUAACAUUUUCCACCUAUCUUUCAAGGAUUUACUCUCGCUUUAAAGCACACGUCAUGGCAGAAGAUAAAAAGCAGGAAUAUGUAGUUUCGAAGAAAGCCGAUAAACAGGCUGAUCUUAUUUUGCGAUUUUUGCAGAAAGCUGCCCUCAAAUUAUCUCCACAGGCAGUCAAGUGGUUUUACAAUGUGCAUAACAAUGAUGCUAGUGUUCAAAGGAUGCUGAAACAUGGUGUCUUUCAGGUUCCAGAUUUUCCCACAAAUUCAAGAUUAAAAACAAAGAGGAAGAUUUUAGUUUCCUUGCUAGAUAAAUUUAUAAAAAUCUAUGACCAUGAAACCGCACUAGGCUGCGUGGAAGAAGGAUCUGGAGAAGGUGAUGGAAGCGGCGAUGCCGAUUUUUGCCGAUUUAUAAAAAAUGCUACUGAGAACGAACUUGAGGUGAUCCUGAGUCAGUACACACGCACCUUCCAUUCACUGAGCCUUUUCACCCGGCAGCCUUCGAAGUAUGUGGUCCUACAAUUGGAGAAAAGUGAGAUAGCAUCUACGAACUCCAGAAUAGAAAUACACACCAACCCACACAAGCUCUGCAAACGAGGAACUGCAGCAUCGAUCCAGCGUUUAGCUGAUGUGCCAAGGGAGGCUAACAACAAAGUGAAUGGAUUGGGAUCGCAUGAGACCCAAAAUAGACGCAUUGGAAUUGCAAGUCCAUUGUCUCAGUUCAAAUCCAAUGAGAAUCAGCAUCUUCGAAAUUCCACAAAAAGUGCUAUUUCAACUAAACGUAGCAGGUCCACCAAGUUCAGAUCCUCGGUGGGAUGCACCGGAAAUAACAAAGAUUCAAUGCUGGAUGUCCCCCCUUCAAGGUUUGGGGAGACAAUUUUGAAGCAAACGAAUAUGACCAAAGUUGCUUCAAAUGAAACUAUCAAUCUUGGCCCACUGGAGGGAGCUUUUAAGGGAGUUCUUCAUGAUAGCGGAAGUGACGUUUAUUAUGGCGGCUACGAAGGCCAUGACUUUUGCGCUGUUGAGUGUUGCAAUGUCCGCGAGAAAUGUGCCUGUCUAUUUGGAUUUCUAAAUUGUAGUGAGGCGGACGUAUGCGAUAUUAGUUCGCUGGAGGAAAACUAA